AAAUAAUUUUCAUUUUAAUGUUUGAGAGUUCUGUGAGGAUAAAUUUGUAACUAUCUUAAAUAGAAAUUUUCCAGAAGUUAUUUUCUUGAAGAAUAUGUCUUUAAAUACUAAUGCAGAAAAAAAUAUUGUGAGGGCACCCUCAGAAAACUAUAACCUAUACGUAAUUGCGAUUACGGUACGAUACAUAGAUUAAAAGAAAAUUAAAAAAAGUAUUUUUCAAUAGAUACAAUGCUUAAUGUAGAAUUUGACUUGAGAGUGUCAUAAGCCGCUAGUUUUUAUCGUAAUUUUUGGUAGAAUUUUUAUACUAUAGUAUUGCAGACAUUGCUGUGCUCUGUUUUUAAAAUGGAGUUCAAAGAAAUCGAGAACUGCAUUCUUUUUGCUGAAAAUAAUCAAGUUGAAUUAUUGAAAUUUGUUCAUAGUUGCAUGGAUGAAGUGUGCAACUUAGCAGGUCCAACAUAUAAACAAUUCAAACAGAUAGGUUGGUCCAAGGAAGAAUUCAAAAAAGUUCAUACAUUUUUUAUUACACUUUUUUACAAUCCAGCUUGUUUGUUUAUUGAUGACGAAAAAAAAAUGCCUUUACAAUACCAGUUAAUGUCAAAGCAUGUAAAAGUGGUUUUAUUAAAAAGCUUAAGACUUCACAGAAAUCAAAUAACUGAUUCUUUACUACAAAAAUAUUCAAGUAAACAUUUUUCUACAUUAGACAAUUAUGAUUGGAGGUUGAAGUAUAUUAUGGGGUCAAGUAAAAUGAUAUCUGUAAAAGAACCACUUCUACAACUUGACUUGAGUUUUCAAGAAAAUCGUAAUCAUAAAGUAUUAGAAUUAGAGCUCAACAAAACUGAACUAAAUUUGUUAAUAAAUACUAUUGAGACUGCUGUAAGUUAAAACUUUCUUUUUGUAAAGUGCAUCUAAAAUUUUAUUGAAACUCACUACUUGAGUUAAUUUGCUUUAAUUUUAUGUUAUUAAAGAAGUCUACAUUUAAAUGACUUCAUAUUUCCAGAAAUUAGUAUAAUUAUUAUAUCAAAUAGAAUAUAAAUUUUUGAAAAUAUAUUAAUAUUGUAUUCAAAUAAAACUAU